ACUGCCCCGAAACGCUUGUUUCUGUAGGCCUUCUUCAUCUCCCUUCUCCGCCUUCUCUUCGAGAAAUUCUCCUGGUUCGCCGCCGUGCUGAUCGGUGUUGUUCACGCGCCCGGACGGACAGGCAAGUUAUUUCGAUACACUUUGCAUCACUCGAAACACAAGGAGCUGCUCACGCAUCAAGAGGUGCUGUCACCAGUAGGGCGGCGAUGAGUUCGGCGCAGCACCAAGCCGACUUCUACACGCAAGGCAAGGCGUACUGGGAGACGAUUCCAGCCACCGUGGACGGCAUGCUCGGGGGCUACUCCGAGAUUAGCAGCAUCGAUGUUCACUCUUCCAACAGGUUCCUCAACAGUUUCCUACAGAGAAAAGAAAACCCCCUGGGAACGCAGCGGGCGCUGGACUGUGGCUCGGGCAUUGGCCGUGUCACCAAGCACCUCCUGCUGCCGCUCUUUGAUACCGUGGACAUGGUGGAGCAGAACCAGAGCUUCCUUAAUGGGGCCAGGGCGUACAUUGGCCAGGAGGCGCACAGGGUGGACCAGCUCUACUGCUCCGGGCUGCAGGACUUUGUGCCUGAGGAAGGAAAGUAUGACGUCAUCUGGUGCCAGUGGGUGACGGGACACCUGACGGACAAGGACCUUGUAGCCUUCCUGAGGCGCUGCCGGACGGGACUGCGCCAAGACGGCAUCCUGGUCGUCAAGGACAACCUGACGCGAGACGAAGUCGAUGUGGACAACCGCGAUGGGAGCGUCACGAGACCGCGCUCGCUCUUUGAGCAACUGUUUGAGAAGGCCGGCAUGCACAUUGUGGCCGAGCGGAAGCAGUACAAGUUCCCCAAGGGCCUUUACGAGGUCCGGAUGUUUGCGCUACAGUGACAGCACGGGGUAGGGACUCCCUUUCGUGGAACUCUUGUAAAUAAACUUGUCUUCCUUUUA